AUGAUUGGAACAUCCACUGCUGAGUAUUUCUUUAUUCGGAUUUGCAUCCUCUUUCUUCACAAUAUCGCACCAAUCAGUACUUUAUACAUCAUUCAAUUAAUAGUCGCCCAACUCUCUCAUCGGCCAACUUAUCUCGAACACAUACCCUACGUUGUCCACAUUUGGCUCAUUGCAGAGGCAGCAUUCUUCACAAUUGUCUACAUACCACUUAAAUACGCUCUCCGCCAUUCUUCUAUCUACCACAGAUCUUUGCCUGCGGAGUUCAGAGAGAAUUUGUUCAGAAACUGCAAUAAGAAUGUGCCAAAUCUGGAGAAAUACCUCAGCCAGUGGCUUAUGGUCUCAAAAGCUGAAUGUAUAAAGCGCGAUAACGUGAAAGACUUUAUCAGAUGGUCAUUAUUCGGACCUGAACAUACCCGGGAGCAAGACCAGCAGGAUGAGGAGGAAAUCGAGGCCUACACAACAGAAAUUGAGAAGCUGAUGGGACGAAAGUUUUCACGGGGAAGGAUGGAUGUGAAAGGCCUAGGACGGCUUUUGAACGAAGCAGGCGGUUCGCAUCGAAGUCUGCUAUGGUAUAGUUGCGUCUUUGUGGUUGACACAAUAACGUACUGCAAGAUGUUAUACAAUGGAUUCCACUUCUAUCGCAAUUCGCUCUCGCGAUUCUUUACUGUUUUUCCAUUUCGCCCUCUUACGAUACUCACGACCUACCGAUCACCAGCGCGGCAUCUUACAUACUGGCAUCGACGGCAUACAUCCAAGAAACGACUACCCGUACUCUUCAUACAUGGUAUCGGGAUUGGCCUGUACCCUUACACAAGCUUCCUCCGAGACCUGAACAAGCAACUAGAGACGGAUGCAACCGAUGGUGAGGUCGGCAUAAUCGCACUUGAGAUAAUGCCGGUGAGCUCUCGGAUAACUUGUCCUGCUCUCGACAAAGAAGUGAUGCUCUAUGAGAUCCAGGAGAUCAUACGGUAUCACGGAUGGAGCAAGUUCGUGCUUGUUUCUCAUUCUUAUGGUUCCAUAAUCGCUGCACACCUUCUCAAGUCCGAUCAGUUUGCUUCGCUCAUCGGGCCUACGGUCUUCAUCGAUCCGGUCUCAUUCCUUCUCCACCUGCCUGACGUGGCAUAUAACUUCAUAGCCCGCCAGCCAGCACGAGCCAAUGAAUACCAGCUAUGGUAUUUCGGAAGUAAAGACAUUGGAGUUGCGCAUACGUUGGCCAGAAGAUUCUCGUGGGUUGACAACAUCAUUUGGAAGGAGGACCUUGGGGUGAAGACAGAAAUCCAAAAGGGUAGAAAUGUGACAGUUGUUUUAAGUGGUAAGGAUUUGAUUGUGGACACCGAAACAGUGGGGCAGUACUUGAUGGGUUCAUCAGAAACAGUUGACAAAAAGGUGUGGAAAAUCAGGCCCUGGACCGGGUACGGACUUGAGCUGCUGUGGUUUGAGCAAUUGGAUCAUGCUCAGGUUUUUGAUUCUGAGAAUACCAGGCGUCCAGUCAUCCGGACGAUCUCUACAUAUUCAAAAGGCUAA